UGGCGCUGCAGCCGGCGGCAUACGCCGCUCCCUCCGGUUCCCGUUCCGGGCCGGGGCCGCAGCCGAGCUCGUUCCGCCACCGAAAGGGCGCCGGCUGCCGCUGCUUUCUGCAGCCCCUGCCGCCCGCACCCACCAUCACCCGUCCGCUAAUCGUGGGGUGCCCGUUGGGCCCCGCCCCGCCAUGGCCACCAAGAAAGGGGGUUCGCGGCUGGAGAGCGAGAUCGAGCGGUGCCGCUCCGAGUGCCAGUGGGAGAGGAUCCCCGAGCUCGUCAAGCAGCUCUCGGCCAAGCUCAUCGCUAACGAGUAAAUAUAACCAGCUCCUAAAUCUACUACGAAGGACAGUCAUUCAAUGUCUCUGGACAUGGCUUCCAUGGUCUUGCAGGUUUUGGAACCGUGCACUACAUCUCUUUUACAGAUGACAUGGCGGAGCUCCUCCUUGGAGAAUCCAAACUCGAACUUUUUCUGAAGGAAAACCCUCUUAAGCAGGGUGCUAGUCCCUGUGGUCCCCGGCCAAAAUUAAUUGAAGUCAAGAAGCAUCUCACUGCAGCACUUGACCGAGGAAAUCUAAAGCCAGAGUUCCUACAAGAAGCCAACUUAGUUAUGGCCAAAUUAAACUAUGUAGAAGGCGAUUACAAAGAAGCUCUUAACACAUAUGCUAGAGUGGGUAUAGAUGAUUUGCAGCUUGUUGCUGUACCUCCUUAUCGGCUGAGGAUGAUUGCCGAAGCAUAUUCUACCAAAGGUCUUUGUCUAGAGAAGUUGCCAAUUUCCUCUUCAACAAGUAACCUCCAUGCAGAUCGCGAACAAGACGUAGUUAUGUGCUACGAGAAGGCCGGGGAUAUAGCCCUCCUCUACCUUCAGGAGAUAGAAAGGGUAAUAAUGGCCAAUAUACAGAACAGAAGCCCUAAGCCAGGCCCUGCAGCACAUGAGCAAGAACUUGGAUAUUUUUUAGAAACAGGACUUCAGAGAGCCCAUGUCUUAUACUUCAAAAAUGGGAAUUUGACAAGAGGAGUCGGUAGAUUUAGAGAGAUUCUAAGAGCUGUUGAAACGAGAACUACACAAAACCUACGAAUGACAAUAGCAAGGCAGUUAGCUGAAAUCUUGCUACGAGGCAUGUGUGAACAGAGUUACUGGAACCCACUUGAUGACCCUCCUCAUCAGUCGCCUCUGGACGAUCCUGUCUGGAAAAGUGCAAGCACUAAAAAUUAUGCACUGAGCAGAAGACCACGGGUGUAUUCCGGAGAAAACAUUUUCUGUCCUCAAGAGAAUACUGAAGAAGCUCUCUUGCUGCUGCUGAUUAGUGAAUCUAUGGCUAAUCGUGAUGCUGUACUGAGCAGAAUUCCAGAACACAAAAACGAUCGCAUCAUCAGUUUGCAAAGUGCAUCUGUAGUCUAUGACUUGCUUACCAUUGCCUUGGGCAGAAGAGGUCAAUAUGAAAUGUUGUCAGAGUGCUUAGAAAGAGCAAUGAAGUUUGCAUUUGAAGAAUUUCAUCUUUGGUAUCAGUUUGCACUAUCCUUAAUGGCAGCAGGAAAAUCGGCUCGAGCUGUGAAGGUCUUGAAAGAGUGUAUACGCCUGAAGCCAGAUGAUGCUACAAUCCCACUCCUUGCUGCCAAAUUAUGCAUGGGGUCCCUUCACUGGUUAGAAGAAGCAGAACGCUUUGCUAGGAUGGUGGUUGAUGUGGGGGACAAAACAUCAGAAUUCAAAGCCAAAGGUUUUUUAGCCCUGGGACUGACUUACAGCCUACAAGCUACAGAUACUUCUUUGCGAGGGACUCAAGAGGUCCUGCAGAGAAAGGCUCUUCUUGCAUUUCAAAGGGCACAUGCUUUGUCUCCAACUGAUCACCUGGCAGCAUUUUAUCUGGCUUUGCAAUUUGCUAUAUCUCGGCAGAUACCAGAAGCUUUGGGUUACGUUCGCCAGGCUCUUCAGCUUCAAGGAGACGACUCUAACUCUCUGCAUCUCCUUGCCCUCUUGCUGUCAGCUCAGAAACACUACCAUGAUGCUCUGAAUAUUAUUGACAUGGCCUUGAGUGAAUAUCCAGAAAAUUUUAUAUUACUGUUUUCAAAAGUCAAAUUGGAAUCCCUAUGCAGGGGUCCAGAUGAAGCACUUCUUACCUGUAAACACAUGUUGCAGAUAUGGAAAUCCUGUUACAAUCUCACUAACCCCAGUGAUUCUGGAAGGGGCAGCAGUUUGUUAGACAGAGCCAUUGCUGACAGGCGACAGCUUAAUACAAUUACUUUGCCAGACUUCAGUGAUCCUGAAACAGGUUCAGUCCAUGCCACGUCCAUCGCAGCCUCCAGAGUGGAGCAAGCACUGUCUGAGGUUGCUUCAUCUUUGCAGAGCAGUACUCCGAAGCAGGGUCCUCUGCAUCCUUGGAUGACUCUGGCUCAAAUCUGGCUUCAUGCAGCUGAAGUAUAUAUAGGAAUUGGAAAACCUGCAGAAGCCACAGCAUGUACUCAGGAAGCUGCUAACCUCUUUCCAAUGUCUCACAAUGUACUCUACAUGAGAGGUCAAGUGGCAGAACUUCGGGGAAAUAUUGAUGAAGCCAAACGUUGGUAUGAAGAGGCCUUAUCUAUCAGCCCGACGCAUGUGAAAAGUAUGCAGAGAUUGGCUUUAAUACUUCAUCAGCUUGGAAGGUACAGCUUAGCCGAGAAGAUCCUUAGGGAUGCCGUCCAGGUGAACUCGACAGCCCACGAGGUUUGGAAUGGCCUCGGGGUGGUUCUACAAGCUCAGGGCAAUGACGAUGCAGCAACGGAGUGUUUCCUGACAGCACUGGAGCUUGAAGCCAGCAGCCCCAUCGUUCCUUUUACCAUCAUCCCCCGAGUCCUCUGAAAGGCUAGCCUGGUAAACUUGAUGAUUCAUCAUGCUUCAGCUGAAUGCAAGAAUGUUAGGGAGCAUAGUGCAUAUGCCUUCCUCCUGACUCCAAGGGCAGAUCUUCAGGCUGAGAGGUAACACAACAAAGCAGGCAAUAUGUUUAUUAGUGUGGGAGAUUCUGACAUAUGGAAGUGAUACAGCAGAUCCAUGUUAGUGAAGAAAAAUGACUAACCAGAAGGAGAAGAACACACCAAACCACCACUUGUAUCGCCUACAUCUUUGCCCCUACGUCUUUGUAGUUUUAAGCCUGAUGCUAUUGUUCAAAUGGGUAUUGUGCCAUAUUUUAUUAGGUGACAUCUGAGUGUUAUGUAAAACUCUGAAUAGAAUCAACACCAAAUGUAGAAUAAUACAUUCAAGUUGAAAUUCAGUGGCAGAGCAACCUAUUUUUAACCAAGCCUGUCAAAGACCUGUUCUCUUUUGUCUUUCAACCUCUUGGGGCCCAGAAUCAAAAUGUGAAAUUUGCUGUUUUCCAUCUCUACAGUAGUCCAGGCCAGCAAAUAAGCUGAAUGGUUUAUGAUUUUAGUUCUUAAUAACUGUGAUGUGUAGCUAAUUGUUAUUGCCUUUAUUUAGAACAAAAGUUGUGUACAAGAAUAUUUAUAUUUUACCAAUGUAUGCCUGUUUAAAAAAAAGAAAAUAUUAGUUAUUUAAGUUUAAUUUUUUUAAUGUGAAUUCAGAGUUUAUUUAUCAAUGGAAAUAUGUAAAAAGGCACUAAAGAUGGAAUAUUUGCCGACAUUCCUUAUGCAUUAUACACCACUUGGCUCACUGGGAAGAUUAUGUUGUUAAUAAAAUGAUUUUUGAAUGGA